CUCCCCCCUCGACGCCUCUCCUAUCUCUCCCUCCUGCUUUCCAUUGCAUCCAGCAUAAGCAGUGGCAAUUCGCAGCCAUGUAUUUCCGCAACAUCUUCCUGUCUCUUUUCUUUGUCCUGGCGGUCACCUUCGCCCUGGUUCAGGCCGAGGAGGAUAAGCCCCGUGGUCCCAAGAUCACCCACAAGGUCUACUUCGACAUCCAGCAUGGCGAUGAGUCCCUUGGCCGCAUUGUGAUGGGUCUGUACGGCAAGACAGUCCCCGAGACUGCUGAGAACUUCCGCGCUCUGGCCACUGGCGAGAAGGGCUUCGGCUACGAGGGCUCGACCUUCCACCGUGUCAUCAAGGACUUCAUGAUCCAGGGUGGUGACUUCACCAACCACGACGGCACUGGUGGCAAGUCCAUCUACGGCAACAAGUUCAAGGAUGAGAACUUCAAGCUCCGCCACACCAAGAAGGGUCUCCUGAGCAUGGCCAACGCCGGCAAAGAUACCAACGGUUCCCAGUUCUUCAUUACCACUGUCAUCACCUCUUGGCUCGAUGGCCGCCACGUAGUUUUCGGCGAGGUCCUCGAGGGUUACGACAUCGUCGACAAGAUUCAGAACGUCCCCAAGGGCCGCGGUGACAAGCCCGAGAAGGCCGUCACUAUUGUGAAGAGCGGUGAGCUCGAGGUGGAGAAGUCGGAAACCGAAGACAAAGAAUACGACGACGAACCGGUGGCUGCCCCAGUCGCUGAAGAAACCCCGGCAAACGACGAGUCUUCCUUUUCGAUGCAACCAGUCUUGAUCUUCCUUGUGCUUGUGGCUGUGAUCGGAUUCUAUAUCAGCCGUCGCCGCAGCCAGCAGCAGCAGCAGGAUGAGAAGGAGUUUGAAGCGUGAGCUAAAAGAAGGUAGAUACAGUAAAGCAGGGUCAAUACAACGCAUUUUACAAGAUUUGAAUACGGGGAGAAGUCGUGAAGAGUCGUAGCUUUGCGCCCCGCACAUGAUCUAUAUACCGGUCCUGCCUGGGUAAUCAGUCCUGAAAAUAUAGAUCAUUUACUGCUGCCAUAGUUAGGCCGUUAAUCAUACUCAAUCAUUUUCCUAUUUC